AUGGUUUAAUUAAUUAUUGGCAAAACUUAUGACUCCCCUUUAAAUAUAAAUAAUUAUUAUUCAAAGACUCGAUGUCAUCGUUCAUAGAAAUAAAAUCAAUCAAUUUCGAUUGAAUAAGUUAACCUAGUAGGUCAUUCUUCGUUUCUCAAAACGUUGCCCGUGAAUGUUGUUAUAAAUAUUAAAUCGAUCGACAUUUUUACACUUUGAUGAUUUUCCCAUAACGUCGUCGGUCGUAACCUCUUACGUUCUAUGUAUCAGGGUCGUUCGAGUUUAUUUUCUAUUUUAUUCAUAUCUCAAAAGUAAAUGGAUUCUUUUGUUUGUCAAACAGAAGUAUUUCCUCGACGAAUUUUCUUUCCACAUAUUUAUAUUUCUAUUUCGACAUACAUAUUUCGUGUAUUAUUAAGAUGGAUUUUUGAUAUUACGCGUAAAACUGAAAUGUGAAUAUUUAAAUUCUGAGAAUAAUUUCUUUUGAGAUCAUUAUCUUGUUAGAUUGUAAUAGUAUAAAUUCCGAUAAAAAUCCGAAUAAGUAAUCAUUUGGAUAUUGGGCAAAAAGUUUGAAGAUUCGUUUGAAAAAGCUAAGAAGCUAUGUAAUUGACGAUGAUUGGCACAGGUUGACCGCAUAUCUCUGUAGUAACCGUUAAUCGGCUUGUCAUACUCCUUUAAAUGGCUGAAACCGCGGAGAAAUCCGAGACUUUGAAGAUUUCUCGGCGAAAUGCCAAGUUAUGUUCUUUUUUAAAUUGGCUUCUGGGCACCCUUAUGAAUGAAAAACGAUUCCUUUAUCACACAUUUAAAACUUUUAACAUACAUGUUGAAUUCUAAUCUUAUCGAGGAUCGUUCGUACAAAAUAAAGAUUAAUUUAAUACUAAUUCGAACGAACUUAUAUAUGUCUAAAACGUUUCCAAUAAUUAGAAUUAAUUCGAAUGAACGUAUAUGAAUAUCUACAAAGUUUUGAAUCGUUUGGGAAUAAAAUUAAUUAAGAUAAAUAAGUAUGUAUGUUAAUGAAAAUAAAUAAAAAUUAAUGGAUAGUUUAAAUUAAUUUAUAAACAUGUUUGAAAUAUUUUCUAAUUCAAGAAAUAUAUAAUAAUUUGUAACAGCCCUAAUCGCGAACUUAUAAAUCUUAUUAUUAGUUGCAUAAGCGUUCGUUUUACGCGAUUACAUCGAAUAAACUAUGCAUUUUUUUUUGCAUAUUUGCAUUUUCCUAUAGUAACCACACACCUAAAAGAAGCCCUUUAAAAGUAUCUUUCUGUUGUAUAGUCGUAUAUCAUAAACGUUGUCGGAGUACCGUAUUCUUAUAAAAUAUAGAAUAACCGUAAUUUCCAUCGAGACCAUCGUUUUGUCUACCAUCGCCAUAAUCGAAAAACUUUCACCCCAUGCUGAUGUAGAUCUUUAAGAUCGUAACUAAGAACGAUUAGAAAACUUUUAGCAAUACUUUCGAAGAACUCGUUUGUAGAUUUAAUUAGAAACGAAUUCGAUUGAAUCUAUAUAAAUUCGAAAUUCGAAUUGGAAAUUCUUUGAAAAGAAAAAAAGGAUAGGAAAAAAGGAUUUCUUUUUCUCAGAUUAUCUCAUUCGAUAAGAGCUUAACUAUUGUAAAAUUGGACUAGUGUUAAAUCCAAAAAAAAAAGCAAAAAAAAAAAAAAAGAAAGAAAGAAAGAAAGAAAAGGAAAGAACAAGAAAAAUACUUUUGGUAGAUAUAAUAAAUCAUAAUUAUCGAAUUAGAAUAGUUUGACACCAGAUAUCAGUUUCUUAUAUUUGAAGUAGGGUAUCCCAGGUUGUAAUAGGCUUACUUUUGUUUUGCUUCACCGUCAACAGUAACGACACGUUAUACUGAAGUGACAAGCAGUGGCUAGCUGAUUAGUCAUGAGUAUGCUACGAAAGUGGUCAGUGUGCUUUCGAAGUUUGCUCGGUAACGAUCGGUAAUCUUCGUCUAUAAAAUUUGGUAUGUUUUAUGACUGAAAGUAUCAUAGACAAAGCACAAAUAAUUAAAAUGCGUGACAGGAUAUCAUUGAUAUAUAUACAUAUAUAUGUAUAUAUGUAUAUAUGUACGUUUGUAUAUAUAUACAUAUAUAUAUUUAUAUACAUAUCGUGAAGUGUAGUGUCAUUGGUCGAGAAUAAAUGUGAGCAUAUUAAAUAUGUUGUUGACGUUGUGAUAUGGGUAUUGGAAAUUUAAUAGUCGAUUCACUGCUCCUUUUCGUUGUCAGCAAUACUAUACUUCGAAUGCUCGGUAUCUGUCAUACCUGCUCCCCAUAUGCAACAAUUAUCACAUUCUUCGUGGUCUGUAUACUUUAUCUUUCGUUCAAAGAAGCCAAACAAAGGAUUACAUUUGUGUCAAGGAAACAAAUCUGGAAGGGUUGUAGAAAGAAUGCUUGUGUACCUAUUCCGGAGUCUUGUGCUGUUAGUCGAACUAAGAGGUGUAAAAUAUGAAGUAGAUGUGAUGACGAUGUGGCUGGACGAAUUAUUGCUCACGUUUGUGCUACUACCAGGUGGGCAGGGUUCGGGUCCUCCUUUUCAACGACAUAAAAAGCGAUCGCUGCCGAAACUCAGCAGCCAGGACGAGGAUGGGCCGAACCCUCACACCCAAUACACAGGCGUCACGCACUUCGAGCCCAUACCGCACGAUCAUGACUUUUGUGAGAGGGUCGUCAUCAACGUGAGUGGAUUACGGUUUGAGACACAACUGCGCACGCUAAACCAGUUUCCGGACACGCUGCUUGGCGAUCCGGCAAGGCGGCUUCGAUAUUUCGAUCCGCUUCGCAACGAAUACUUCUUCGACCGGAAUCGGCCUUCCUUCGAUGCGAUACUUUACUAUUAUCAAAGCGGUGGUCGACUUCGCCGACCAGUCAACGUUCCCCUCGAUGUUUUCUCCGAGGAGAUCAAAUUUUACGAACUGGGCGAACUUGCCACCAAUAAGUUCAGGGAGGACGAGGGCUUCAUCAAAGAGGAGGAGAAGCCGCUGCCGUCGCACGAGUUCCAGAAGAAGGUCUGGUUGCUGUUCGAGUACCCGGAGAGCUCUCAGGGAGCCCGGGUGGUCGCCAUAAUCUCCGUGUUCGUGAUUCUCCUCUCGAUCGUAAUCUUCUGCCUAGAGACCCUGCCAGAGUUUAAGCAUUAUAGGGUCUUUAACACGACGACGAACGGCACGAAGAUCGAGGAGGACGAAGUGCCGGACAUAACGGACCCGUUCUUCCUAAUAGAGACUAUUUGUAUCAUCUGGUUCACGUUCGAGUUAUCGGUGCGCUUCCUCGCCUGUCCAAAUAAAUUUAACUUCUUCCGUGACGUAAUGAACAUCAUCGACAUCAUCGCGAUCAUUCCUUAUUUCAUCACCCUCGCCACGGUAGUGACCGAGGAAGAGGACACGCUUAAUCUACCAAAGGCACCGGUUAGCCCUCAGGACAAGAGCACGAAUCAAGCGAUGUCUCUGGCGAUUCUAAGAGUCAUCAGGCUUGUCAGGGUGUUCCGGAUAUUCAAGCUGUCCAGGCACAGUAAAGGCCUCCAGAUACUUGGCCGUACUCUGAAGGCCUCUAUGAGGGAGCUCGGUCUGCUCAUCUUUUUCCUUUUUAUCGGUGUGGUGCUAUUUUCAUCGGCGGUAUACUUCGCGGAGGCCGGCUCCGAGAAUUCGUUCUUCAAGUCCAUUCCGGACGCGUUCUGGUGGGCCGUUGUCACGAUGACGACCGUGGGCUAUGGUGACAUGACGCCCGUGGGAGUCUGGGGGAAAAUCGUGGGUUCCCUUUGUGCGAUCGCGGGUGUCUUGACGAUCGCGUUACCCGUCCCCGUCAUCGUCUCCAACUUCAACUACUUCUAUCACCGUGAGACUGACCAGGAAGAGAUGCAGUCACAGAACUUCAAUCAUGUGACUAGCUGUCCGUAUCUCCCUGGCACGCUAGGUCAGCACAUGAAGAAGAGCUCGAUGUCGGAGUCGUCGUCGGAUAUAAUGGAGCUGGAAGAAGGCAUUCUGGUGACGCAUUCAGAAAUUACGAAGAAGCCCAACUGCAACCCUCGCCACAAUAAUAAUAUUAAUCCAGCCUGCAUGAGCAUCGAGACUGACGUCUGACUACUAGUGAAGGAGACGGUGGCAGCGUGGUGGCCGGUGUUGGGACAGUUGUCAAAGAGCAGCUGUAACUCCCUACGGUGCCUAACGUAGACCUCCUUCAUAUACAUACACACACACAAAAAAAAAAAAAAACAAAAACAAAACAAAAAUCCGUCGUGCCGCGCGCAUGCGCGCAGGCGAACACGCGAGACGUGUUGCGCAGCGCGCGUGGCGCGCUCGAUGUUCGAUCGUGCGCACGCGCGUACGGUCUAUGUCCAGUCUGUCAAUACGAGGGGUGCUUCCAGUCCAAUUGCCAUUGAAAAGAGAAACGAAAGAAGAAAAAGAAAAAUAUAAAGAAAGGUAUAGGAGGAAGAGUAGAGGCGAAUGAAGAGAAGAGACGGUACGAGACGAGACGAGAUCAGACAAACGAAAAGAAAAGAGGAGGAGAUACGAGAAGAGAAGCAAAGAGGAACGACGAGACGAGACGAGAAAAGGAGAGGAGAGGAGUGGAGUGGAGUGGAGUGGAGUGGAGUGGAGUGGAGAAAGGAUCUACGAAUCGUUUGACGACCAAUCGGUACGACAGCGAGCUGACUUCUUCUUCCGUGCGAAGAGAAGUGUGGAAGACGACGACGUGUUCGGGGUAAGAAGAGGAGGACGCUGAGAUAGUGUGCAUCAUCGUCUGAGAAUUUAGGAAGAAAAAUAGUACGGAGGGAAGAGGGGAGGAAAUAUUGCGAGGUGAAAUAGAAAGAAAGGAGAUAGACGAAUAAGAUAAAUAGGCGAGAAUAGAUAAGGAUAGAGAGAUAGAGAGAGAGAGAGAGAGAGAGAGAGAGAGAGAGAGAGAGAGAGAGAGAGAGAGAGAGAGAGAAAGAGUUGUCUGUCUGUGUAUGAAUGUAUGAAUGCAUGCGUGAGAGAGAGAAAGAGAGAGAGAGAGAGGGAGAGAAAGAAAAAGACAGCCGCUUAAAAAGUGUCACGUAACUCGUCAUCAGGCACUUCGGACGAAAGCAUUCCUCGCGCGUGAAUCCACCCCUCACACCACCGACUCCAGUGUUCAAGAUAAAAAAAAAAAAAAAAAAAAAGAAAAAAGAGAAAAAAAAGAGGAAAGAAAGAUAGAAAGGAAUUAUAACGAGGGAGAAAAAAGAUAUAGAUAAGAGAACGAAAGGUGAACGGAAAAGGACUGUUAGAACACAAAAUUUUCUUGCCUGCCUAUCCUUUUUCCCCCUUCGAGCAUCUCCACCAGAACAGCGUCCGAUGAUAUAUGGGGAGAGGCACGGAGAGGGUAAGAGGACGGCUACGGACCAUCGGGAAUUAUAUCGAAUAAAUGCUAAUUGAUUAUUGUCGAAUAUAAUAAUUAAUUGGCAGAUUUGACGCAUGACCGAGGUACGUUAAAAUACGUUUUAUCGAUUAAGUAAGGGUGGACUGGUUAAACGGAGAUUCGAGUGCGGCUGCGGAAAGAGUGGACGUGAAAGGGAGAAAGAAAGUUUGAGUGAAUGAAAGAAAAAGAUAAAACAAAAAAAGGUUAGAAAGAGAGGGGAGUGAGAAAGAGAGAGAGAGAGAGAGAGAGAGAACGAGAGAAUUGAUAGUGGAUUUGGCAAGAAAAAAAAAAGAAAAAGAGGAAAAAAAACGGGCAAAAUAAUUCUAGGGGCAGUGUGUCUAGCGGUGGAAAAACCGUUCUACUCGUUUCUCCAUAUUUUUUACUGAGAGUGACAAAUUCGAAGUACAAGUUCUUCGGCUGUAUCGAUUCAAUUAAUCGCGAUAAAAUGUUUCGAAUGUUAAAUUUCGUUUCUUCGACGGCGAUACUGCAUACUAUCGUACAUGCAUAAUAGAUUAACAUAAAACAUAGUAAACGAUCGCAGGCGUCGAAACGAUAUGGAAUUCACGUUUACGAAUGUGACGUGUGAAACGCAACGUGAUACGAAAUGUUAAAAAAAAAAGAAAAAGAAAAAAAAAUCUUAUGCAGUAUUGCAACGCGUUACAGAGUCCGAUCGGUGAUAUUAUUUGAUACGUGCGUAUCACAGAUUGAACGUCGUUCGAUUAACUUUUAGACAAGUAAAUGGAACAAGACCGUGUAUCGAGAUUAUCUCGAAUGUAUGUACUUUUGGUAUACCAAUAUCGACGAAUCAAUAAAUUUCCAAAUUUCCGAUUGAUGCGUCUAGCAUAAUCGUUAAGACGGUUGCUUCGUCGUAAGGAAAACAAAAAAAAAAAAAAGAAAAAGAAAAAAAAGAAAUACAGAAAAAGCAAAAAAGAAACCAAAAUAAAAGUGAUAACGAAAUUACGAAACAAAGAACAUACGAACGAACGAAGGAAAUAAAAGAAAUAGCAAGGGAACGAUAUAAAAACAAAAAAAGGAAAAAAGAAGAGAGUGAUAGUGAGAAAAAAGAAAAAAAAAAAAAACAGGAUAUUACUCUUGUUCGUGCGUGAGUCCCUAAUCGUUCGAUAUUUAUGCUAAAUCGAUAUUUAGAUAACUAAGCGAUGGGAGAUCCACGGCAAAACUAUUUCGAUGAACCGAAAAAAAGCGAGCAAGAAUAAUGAUGGGAGGGAGGGGAAUGAUGGAACCUCACGGAAAAAAAAAAAAGAAGAAAAAAGAAAUAAAACGAUGCAAAGAAACGACAUUAUCUUCGACGUUUCGCUAUACUUUUUACGGCUCAAAAAAAGGAAGUAACGUCGUGGAAUCGCGAUGACUGCCAUUUUACGAUUAUCUCGCGUAGAUCGUCCGAAUUCAGCCAAUCUCCGAUUACAGAUUACGAUGAUAAUUAGUAGUCCUAUUUUAAAUCCGGAUCCGCAUUUGCAACUCGUAUACCCUCGCGAGCUCUAUUUGCCUUCAUAAGAAAAAAAAAAAAGCAAAAAAGCAAAAAAAAAAGACAAAAAAAAAUUCAACGCCGGUACUAUCGAGCGGUCUGCCGUGACGUCUUACGCGUGCAAACUGCCAAAAACGAGACGAUAAUCGAGAGACAGAAAGAGAGGGAUUAGAGAUGAAGUAAACAGAGUCAAAAAAAAAAAAAAUAAAAGAAAAGAAAAAAGGAAAGAGAACAAAGAUCCAAAGAGUUAGGGAUCUAUUUUUGAGAAAAAUGUAACGUCGUUGAAAUUAAUGAAUAAAGGAUUAAGAUUUGCGAGGAAAAAAAUGUGACACACGAAAUGCAUAUAUUGCACGUGACACGUUCGAUUAGGGCAUACGAGAUUAAUUAGUCGCGUUUCGAUUCCACGGAAAUCAUCGUGCGAAUUAGAAAAAUUUCUUCGCACAUAAACGGAGGACUUUUUUCCGUCCUCGAGAUGUUAAAAAAAAAAGAAAAAGAAGAAAAAAAGCAAACAAACAAGCAAACGAAACAAAAUAAAAUAAAACGAAAAGUAUGAUUUCGGUGGAUCAGAACGUGACUUUGAGCAUCCCGCGCAUCGAUUUUCGAUGUCGAUGAAGAAAAAG